CCCACCCUUUCUCGGUCCGAUCAAAUCUCACGCCAAAACAAAUCUCACGCGAACCAACCACCGCAAUUUCUCGUGCAAUCACCGCAAUUUCAUCGCAUGCUCCGCCCCUCCUCCCCCGCAGCUUUCCAAUCUGUAGAUCCGGCAGCGCGCGGAACCAUGGCGUUGCAGCAGCAGCACAACCUUCCUCGCGCAGCUACUGCAGCGCAAGGGAUGCGCUGCCUCCCCUCCACCGCAGCUGCAUUCAUCCUAGCAAAUCCGGCGGCGCGCGGCGCCAUGGCUCAGCGACAACAGAGCCUUCCUCCCCCAAGCACUGCAGCGCAAGGAAAGCACCGCCGCUCAUCCGCUACAGCGUCUCGGCCGGCAGGUUCGGCGGCGCGCGGCACCACGGAGUUCGACUACUUCGUCGUCAUCGACUUCGAGGCCACCUGCGAGCGAGAUUCAAGAAUCUACCCGCAGGAAAUUAUCGAGUUUCCUGCGGUCCUCGUCGACGCCGCCAACGGAGGCCUCGUCUCAUCAUUCCGCACAUACGUGAGGCCUCGGCACCACCCGUGCCUCAGCGAAUUCUGCUCCGAGCUGACGGGAAUCCGGCAAGACCAGGUCGACGGCGGCGUGGAUCUUGAGCAGGCGCUGGCGAUGCACGACGCGUGGCUGAAGGAGGCGGGCGCCGCCAAGAACCGCCUCGCCGUCGUCACUUGGGGCGAUUGGGACUGCCGCACAAUGCUUGAGUUUGAAUGCAGCUUCAAGGGCCUCGCCAAGCCAUCCUAUUUCAACCAGUGGGUCAACCUCAGGAUCCCCUUCGAGGCAGUCUUCGGCGCUGGGCGGCGCAACCUUCAGGAGGCAGUCGCGGAGGCAGGUCUGAAGUGGAACGGCCGCCUCCACUGCGGGCUCGACGAUGCCCGCAACACGGCGUGCCUCCUCGCAGAGCUGAUGCGGCGAGGAGUGACCAUCUCUAUCACCGGGUCUCUGGCGCCACCAUCGCAGCCAGAGCCAGAACAGCAGCCGCAGCCACAACUUCAGCCGCAGCCACAAAUUCAGCCACAGCAGCCUCCAGUCAAUCAUAGCUUAAGCUCGUGCUUCAGUGGCGCUGGUGCUGCAGACUGCUACUGCUACUGCGGCAUGGCUAUCCGAAGAGGGGUGAUGGUGACACCGGGGCCAAUGCAAGGGCAUUGCUUCUUCAUCUGUGGCAAUUGGACACCAUAUUUGGGGCCGGUGUGCCCUUUCUUUGUUUGGGCAGCCUGAUUGCCGGCCGUCCGGACUCCACGGCGUCUUCGUCAAUCUUCAUUAAGGUCAGCUUUUCUACGUACUUCUCCUACACAUAAUCAUAGAGUUCAUGCAUAGUUAGUGUUCAGCUAGGUAGGUACUGCGCUUGCUCAAGAGUUCAUGGUGCUCUGUGAAUCUGGCUUUAUUUACUUACACAAGUUAUUCAUAGUUUGUUUGUUUCACAAUAUUACCUUUUUGCUCAAAUCACUUUAUUAACAAGUCUUUUUUUUAAUCAAUUUCAUGUCUCCCUAUCGCUGAUGAGAUCAAACUGUGGGUUACUUCCUCCUGUUCAGAUGCAUCGUCAACCAUGAAAAGCUAAGUUUCUGAUAUCUGCCCCUUGCCCAAUUCAAUCUAUAUCUUUCUAUCUUGUUUCCUCUUUUGCAACCUUGAAUCUGCAAUUCUUUAGCCAUUCGGUAUCAUUUUCAUUCAUGCCUCCCCAGGGUAUAUGUUUGCGCCUGCAUAUUCAGCUGUAGAUAAUUAUCUCAAUAUCUUCUUUUAGGUAGCUUAGUGCUAUUACAUGUAAUUUUUUCACUUACCUCACCAUUUACUGCACCAUCCAUCUUCCAUUGUGUUAUUACAUUAUAAUUUGCAGUAGGCUACUCAUCGAAUAUUCGAAUGCAUAUCUGUCUCCUCUCUUUGCAGUAGGCCAUUCAUAUCCAGUCUCAAUUACAUGUUAUUACUAAUCAUUCUGAUACUAGUGAUUCUUUAUCCUUAAUUAUAGUUGCUACUAAUUAAUUUUAUUAUGCAUGUAUGAUGGCUGUCAUUUAGCUAAUGUUCAUUUGCCUGGGAUCACAGACCACCAUUCUUUCUAGAGUUCUGUUUUCCUAUAUAAUAGCAGAAUUUACAGUUGCUAAUCAUUGAUUAGGCAGUUCAAAUUUGUAUAAUCUGCAUCUAAGAUCGCAGUCAUUUAGCAAAUAUGUUCAAUUUGGUCGGGAUCACAGUACUGCCAUUCUUUUUAGAGUUCUGUAUUCCUACAUAGUAGCCUACAUAGCCUAUUACACUAAUCAAAUUGUCAAUUUCUUUUACAUCUACUUUUUACUAAUCAGAUCUACAGCUCAUGUGGUUGGUCUGGUCAUAAUUUGAAACAAAAGUGUCUACUUUUUAUGGCUAUGUAUAUCAAUUCCUGUCCUUUUGUAUUAAUGUACUGCAAGUCACUGCCAGUCUUUUUGUUUGUAUUAUCAGCACAACGUCUUUUUAGCCCACAAAUUUAUAUUUCCCCCCUUUUUUUACAGAUGAUACCCUACUACAAAGCUCGUCAAUGUGAUACCCUACAUGCUACUUGGCAUAUAUCCAGGAGGGACGUCAGGAUCGCCUUGUGAUCGCAACGGUGUUAACAAUGGUUGCUUCCAGCUGCGUGAUGCUGACUGUAUGGGCCCUUGAGAAGGUUUUCAUUCAGCUGAUAAUGUCGUGGCACAGCAAGCCAAGCGUUGACUUACUUCUGUUAUUCGCAUAUAUGCACAUCUAUAUUCUGUAAUGUUCAAGAAGUUUGAUAUGUCAUUGUCACCUAUAAAAUUUGCAGUCUGUACACAGUGUUGAGUCCGUACUGUGUAAAUUUGAAAUCUGCAGUUUUUGUGGACAUCUGGAAUUUUGUAUUGAAUUGGAUACUUUUCGCUUUUGUUUGACUGA